ACACCUGUAGAUCCGCAAGAAACAUCGUUAGAAACAACAUCAGUCAAUGUAGCGAAGAAGAUUGGGAAACGACAUUGCGAAUUCUGUUCAAGAGUUAUCCCAUUGAGUAACAAUUACUCGGAAAAUAUAUCGAGGUUUCUACACGUUCUGCACAUGCAUCUGCAUAGCGAACCUGCAGUAACGUGGCUCAGAUCAAGAUAUCACUUCGCUAAUGUGCGUGAGUUUCCAUACAUAGACAUAGUCGGCAGUGCUGAUACAUCUCGAAAAAAUGGUAAAAGCAGUCUUCACUGCGCCAUCUGCAAUUUCAAGACUGACAGUUCGCGUGCAAUCAUUCAUCAUGCAAAGUUACACGAGGAGCUGAUGCGAGAUGAGGGUAACUAUCCUGAUCCAUGUCGCGUCUGCGGUCAGCAGAUUCCAGUGUGCAGCAAGAUGAAGGAGUCUUUCCAGCGAAUUUGCCAUGUUCUGGCUUUACAUUGGAGGGAUGAGAACUAUGUCCAGGAAGCGACUGAUGCUUAUAAACAUGAACACGAGGAUGAUGUUGUUAUAUUGAACGUGGAAAGAAGUCUUGCAUUGUCCUUUGAUGGAAGAGUGUGGUUCACAAAGAAGGGAGAGAAAUCAGAAGGGAACCACCCAUAG